AGCCUCUGCAGCCCUUUAAAAGAGACAGAGUCUGAAGCAAGAUCAGCAGCCCGGUCCCAGAGAUAAGAGUGUCCAGAAGAGCAGGUGCAGGCUUCCCAGGCAGCUCAGGCACGAGCAGGUUCCAGGUCACUUUGGCCCUGAUGUCUGCAGAGGCAGCUGUGUCUAUGUGUGACCGUGCAUUUGGCAGUGGCAAGGCGAAGGAGCUAAGCAUGGGGGGCAGGUGUCGUGGGUCCUGGUACGAGCGGUUCCUGCAGCCCUGUCUGGCAGAACUGCUGGGCUCUGCCCUCUUCAUCUUCAUCGGCUGCCUGUCGGUCAUCGAGAACGGGACAGACACAGGGCUGCUGCAGCCGGCCCUAGCGCAUGGGCUGGCCCUGGGCCUCCUCAUCGCCACCCUGGGGAAUAUCAGUGGUGGACACUUCAAUCCUGCGGUGUCCCUGGCAGCCACGCUGAUCGGAGGCCUCAACCUGGUGAUGCUCCUUCCCUACUGGAUCUCCCAACUAUGUGGGGGGCUGAUUGGGGCCACCUUGGCCAAGGCGGUGAGUCCUGAAGAGAGGUUCUGGAAUGCAUCUGGGGCAGCCUUUGUGACAGUCCAGGAGUCGGGGCAGGUGGUGGGGGCAGUGGUGGCAGAGUUCAUCCUGACGACACUGCUGGCCCUGGCCGUAUGCAUGGGCGCCAUCAACCAGAAGACACAGGGCCCUCUGGCUCCGUUCUCCAUCGGCUUUGCCGUCACUGUGGACAUCCUGGCAGGGGGGGCCGUGUCUGGAGCCUGCAUGAAUCCUGCUCGUGCCUUUGGACCUGCCGUGGUGGCCAAUCACUGGGACUUCCACUGGAUCUACUGGUUGGGCCCGCUCCUGGCCAGUCUGCUCGUAGGAAUGCUCAUCAGGCUCUUCAUUGGAGAUGGGAAGACCCGCCUAAUACUAAAGGGACGGUGACUCCAAGCUGGUGAUGUUCCUGCGGCCCAGGUGGCCCCCGUGUUACAGACGGGCUACCUCCUGCAUUUCCUGCUGGGACAGAAGCCCAGAGGAGCUGCCCACCUCCUUCCCCCUACGUGUGCCUGGCCUCCCAGAUGACGCACUGCUGCCAAGUUCUGAGGAUGCUCUACGUUCUCUGAAUACAUUUGUGCUCAUCAGAGACCCCAGACUGGGGAGCGCAUUACCAGCCCUGCCCAGCACCGCAAAACAGAGGGGUUUGAGGGGUUUUUCUUGAUCGGGAAGCUCCCAGGAGCAGAAGAGCAGUUGGAAGAUGUGGCUGUUUACGUAUGAGUUCCUUUCUCCCUCCCCCUUUCUUUCUCCUUUUGCCUGGUCCCCAACACCUCUGUUACAGAAGGGCCUGCUGUGCACUGUUUCCUUGCUCCCUGAGCUGACAGUCUAGCUUUGCAAUAAAUAGUCCAGUAUUUC